UGUCCGGGCACGCUGGGAGUUGUAGUUUUGCAACAGCUGAAGGCCCCCUCAUUCUGAAACAUCAUUCGUCAUAAUUCAUAUAAUUUCUCACAGUGUAUAAAUAUCUAUGUCUUCUCUGCUUUAUAUUCUUAGGCCAGACAGGUUUUGCACCCCUUUGCAACUUCAUCAUGUUUUUUUUUUUUUUUUUAACACCCAGCUUCAGUCAUAUAACUGUAUUUGGCAUCGUCAUAGACAAUGUUUAUAUUUCUUAUUAUUAAAUUAUAAAAAAAAAAAAAAAAAAUUUAAAUAUAAUUUUGACAUACUGUUAACCUCAUCAGUAUAUUAAAGGUCACUUUAGUUGUACCCCUAUAGUGUUCACACUAGUGGAUGACAUAACAGAUGCGUUUUAUGUAUCAGUGAUGUAGACAGCAAAUCUAGAUCAGAUCUGACUUAUACUGUUCUAAAUUAUGAUUCUUUUCAGGUCACAUGUUGAUGUAUGAUGAACAAAAAUGAUACUGUAACUAUUCAGCUUUCCAGAAUGACAUCACUCAUGUGGUUUUACAGGCAGUGUAUAGCUCUCCAGCCCCCCCCCCCCUAUCAUAGUAUGGGUUAACCAGAAUGGGGAAUACAAGCCAGGACCUCUCCUCCAACAUCAGUGUCUGGCUGCCCUCUAUUGGCCACCACUACGGGGCACAUUGUGGUUGUUACCCAACGUACCAAACCCCUCAUCUCUUGGCUCCCUUCAUCAUCUGCUCUUGCUGUGGCCUGUCCUUCACCAUCAGCCUGUGCAGCCCUACAGUCCUUGCCAAAAUGACCAGCAGCGACGGGGACUCGUUGGAACCGCUACUCGGCCCUCUAGAGUUGGAGUGCAAGAUAUGUUACAAUGGAUUCGAUACCAGGCAACAUCGACCUAAAGUUCUGGGUUGUGACCACCGCAUGUGUGCCCGCUGCCUCAAAAAGAUGGCGUCAAACUGGCCUCAAAGCCCACCAGCUACCAUAUGCUGUCCGUUCUGCCGGCAAGAAACGGCGCUGCCGGAGGAUCUACACCUUCUGCCGGAUGACAGCGGCCUGUUGUCCAAACUCAGCUGCCACGAAUGGAUCCACAGACGCGGUUGCACUGUGACACCAGAGGUGCUUUUGAGUCCUGGGAACUUGUGUCCUAAUUCCUCAGAGUGCCUAGUGAUCACAAUCAUGGAGGUCUCCGAUGAGGCUCCGGAGCCCGGUGAGCAAACUCCGGUGCUAGACAUCCUAAGAGUGAAGAUAUCCUCGAGUCUAUCGUGGCUUCCUGGAUCGUGUGUCCCUCACCGCUGCGGUCCUUGCAGGCCCGUGCCACGAAUCCUACUGGGUUUCCUGUGCCUCGUGUAUAUAAGCUCACUGCCCCUUGGUGUUUAUCUCAUGAUGACCGGGCAUCUACUAGGCAUCAUCCUGGUCAGUUUAGUGCCAUGCACCCUAAUUCUCAGUCUCUUGUGCUAUUGUUUCUGCCACGAGCUAGCUACCUGCCUUUCUGACUAACACAAACUUGAACCCCGUUGCAGCCAACACUGAUUGUGUAAAAACUGUGCCACCAGCAUCCCUUCACCUUCACUGACAGUGCCAAGCCUAUGCCUCUAAUACACUUUGAUGUGCCAAGCCCAUGCCCUAUUUCUAUCCCUUUUGUCUUCUGCGUUAUGACCCAUAUCAUUCGGUUACAACCACAACAGUCUGUACUCGCGCACCGAGAAUACGAUUCUGCCGCCCACUCUGUAUGACUAUUAUUCUGUGUUUACUUCCAAUCAUAUCACAAUUUAACUAUCAAAUUACCAGUAUUUUUGUUACGUUGCUUUAUAUUAUUAUAAUAUUAUCUCUAAUGAAGCUGCAAUAUUAGGAUUUUUUGACAUUUUGAUAACCACAGUGGGCAUGGUCAAUGGCAGGAACUACAAGGAAAACUAGUCGAUGACCGAUACAGUGACUCCUUCGCAUCGGCCGUGGCUUUUCCCUGAUCUUGGCCCAAGUGUUUCAAAAGAAUCCAUCAACCCUUACAGCAUUUCUACGACAAAAAGGCAAUAAGAAACCAACUCAGAGGACAGUCCAGAGCCAAAACCCAGUUGCAUUACAGAGGCCUCCAACAUAUACAUCACGAAGCAUGCAAGAGUAUAAGGAGCGUAGCAUAAGUAUAAUUAAUACCAUUAUUUUUACAUAAAGUUAUAAGAUGCCAAAAAACUAAAAAGUUAUGUACCGAGAUAUAACUUUAGAGAAUGGAAUAUACUGUGCAAACUACAGUGAGUGUGACCAUCCAGGAUGCGGUUCUGAGAGUUCUGGAUAGGCUUUGUUAAUAGGCAAGGGCUACGGCUUCUCAUCUUUAUAUGUAAACUGGUAUAUAUUUUAAUAUUCAUGCUAGCAAAAUGAUGUUGCAGAUAAAGUGAGUUUAUUUUCUAUCGUGUACUUGU